AUGUCUGCCCAAGUUCUGGGAUUUUUACGCAGUUGGACUCCUCUCCCCCUGGCAGCCCUGCGGGAUCCGGCAGCUGCGAGGAAUGACGCGGGCAUCCCCACAGCCCCGGCCUGGGGCGGGGAGGGCGAGCCCCACAGCCGGCUCCACGGAGACCGCCUGGGCAACGCCGAUAAGGAGGUGAAGGCAGGAGCCGCUACCACGGGCAGCGCCCCGACAGCGCGGGGGACCCCUUGGCAGAGGGAGCCGGGGGUCGAGGUUAUGGAUGCAGCCGGUGGCUCCCGGUGUCCCCGGGGCCUGAUCCCGCAGCCCUGCCGGGUGCUGGUGCUCCUCAACCCGCGCGGUGGCAAGGGCAAAGCCCUGCCGCUCUUCUGGAGCCACGUGCAGCCCCUGCUGGCGGAGGCCAACGUGUCCUUCACGCUGGUGCUCACUGAACGGCGGAACCACGCGCGGGAGCUGGUACGUGAGGAGGAUCUGGGCCGCUGGGACGCGCUGGUGGUCAUGUCUGGGGACGGGCUGAUGCACGAGGUGGUGAACGGGCUCAUGGAGCGGCCCGACUGGGAGAUCGCCAUCCGGAAGCCCCUGUGCAGCCUCCCUGCGGGCUCUGCCAACGCGCUGGCGGCCUCGGUGAACCAUUAUUCCGGAUACGGGCAGGUGGCCAAGGAAGAGCUCCUGACCAACUGUACGCUGCUGCUGUGCCGUGGGCUGCUGGCGCCCAUGAACCUGCUGUCCCUGCACACAGCCUCGGGCCUGCGUCUCUUCUCAGUGCUCAGCCUGGCCUGGGGCUUCGUGGCCGACGUGGACCUGGAGAGCGAGAAGUACCGGCGCCUGGGCGAGAUGCGCUUCACCUUGGGCACCUUCCUGCGCCUGGUCUCCCUGCGCACCUACCAGGGCCGGCUGGCCUACCUGCCUGUGGGAAAGACUGCCUGCGGGCGGCCUGCCUCCCCAGCCCUGGACCAGAGGGGCCCUGGGAACACGCUCCUCGUGCCCCUGGACCAGCCAGUGCCUGCCCACUGGACCGUGGUGCCCGAGCAGGACUUUGUGCUGGUGCUGGCAUUGCUGCACUCUCACCUGGGCAACGACAUGUUUGCAGCCCCCAUGGGCCGCUGUGCGGCCGGCACCAUGCACCUGUUCUACGUGCGUGGCGGUGUGUCCCGGGCCACGCUGCUGCGUCUCUUUCUGGCCAUGGAGAAAGGCAGGCACAUGGACUAUGACUGCCCCUACCUGGUGUAUGUGCCUGUGGUCGCCUUCCGCCUGGAGCCCAAGGAUGGGGGCGGUGUGUUUACCGUGGACGGGGAGCUGAUGGCCAGUGAGGCCGUGCAAGGCCAAGUGCACCCAGACUGCUGCUGGAUGGUCAGCGGCUGUGGGGAGCCCUCGUCCAGCCGGGGGCCUCCACAGACGGCACCUCCCUGA